AUGGUUGGCGCACACAAGAUACGUACAUCAGCUUACCAUCCCGCGUCCAAUGACAUGAUUGAGAGAUGGCAUCGUACGCUAAAAGCUACACUCAUGUGCAAUCGAUAUACUCCAUGGGCACUUAUCCUUCCAACAGUGAUGUUAGAACUUCGCUGUUUCCAUAAAGAAGACAUUGGAGCAUCCCCAGCAGAAAUGCUGUAUGGCACCAAUCUUCGUUUACCCGGCGAACUCUUUGAUAGCGGGGAUGGAUCAUAUAAUCCACAGGAGUUCAUAUCAAAGUUUCAUGAGUACAUACAGCAGCUAAAACCAAGUUCACCGGUACACCACAAUUCGACACUAUUUUUCAUCAAUAAAAAUCUACACGAUUGUAGUCAUGUGUUCAUCCGCUCGGAUCAUGUGAGAAAACCAAUAGAGCCUCCUUACACGGGUCCGUUCAAAGUUGUGGAACGUAUUUCAGACAGACUCUAG